GCAGAGAGCCUACGGCCAGACUGACUGUGUGGCCCUUUCUGACCCAUCCCUGAUUUGAACUUUGUGCUGUGUCAUCCUUUGGUGCUACCUCCUUCACACACACUACCCAGAAUCAUGGGGGAAAUGGUCCAGAUGCACUUUGGUACGGUGGACUACGUCAUCUUCGCUGUGCUCCUGGUGGCCUCUGCUGGGAUCGGGCUGUUUUACGCGUUCUCCGGGGGGCGCCAAAGAACCACGCAGGAGUUCCUGCUGGCGGACCGAAGCAUGAGCUGCCUCCCUGUCUCCUUGUCCCUGUUGGCCACCUUCCAGUCGGCCGUGGCCAUCCUGGGUGCUCCCUCAGAGAUCUACGCACACGGCACGCAGUACUGGUUCCUGGGCUGCUCCUAUUUCCUGGGCCUGCUUAUCCCAGCCCACAUCUUCAUCCCUGUGUUCUACCGUCUCAGACUCACCAGUGCUUAUCAGUACCUGGAGCUCCGCUUCAGUAAAAGCGUUCGCAUCUGUGGAACCAUCACCUUUAUUUUUCAGAUGGUUAUCUAUAUGGGAGUAGUGUUGUAUGCUCCUGCCCUGGCUCUCAAUGCAGUUACUGGAUUUGACCUGUGGGGUGCAGUGUUGGCCAUGGGACUGGUGUGCACAUUGUACACAGCAUUGGGCGGGCUGAAGGCAGUGAUCUGGACGGAUGUUUUCCAAACGGUGGUGAUGUUCGCUGGGCAGCUGGCAGUGAUAGUAGUGGGCACUCAGCAGGCAGGGGGCAUCGCUGAGGUGUGGAGGAAAGCUGAGAAUGGCAGUCGCAUCGCAGGCUUGGAUCUAAACCCUGACCCCCUGGAGAGACACACGUUCUGGACUCUGGCCGUGGGUGGUGUCUUUCUCAUGUUGGCUCUGUAUGGAGUGAACCAGGCUCAGGUCCAGAGGUACCUCAGCUCCCGGACUGAGAGGGAAGCCAUUAUGUCCUGCUACGCAGUGUUUCCCACCCAACAGAUUGUUCUCACAAUGAGCUGUCUAAUGGGACUGGUCAUGUACGCUCGCUAUGGGGAGGACAGCCCCCUUGACAAAGGCUACGUCAAGACCAACGACCAGAUGGUGCUGUACUUUGUGAUGGAUGUGCUGAGAGACCUGCCCGGACUCCCUGGACUGUUUGUGGCCUGUUUGUUCAGUGGAGCGCUCAGUACGAUAUCGUCUGCCUUCAACUCCCUGGCAACGGUUACCAUGGAGGACCUGAUCAAGCCUCAUGUUCCUGCAAUGACUGAAACUCGAGCCACAUGGCUGUCAAAAGGCCUCGCUCUAGGAUAUGGUCUUGUGUGUUUAGCUAUGGCCUACAUUGCCUCUCUAAUGGGAUCCGUUCUACAGGCAGCCCUCAGUAUCUUUGGGAUGGUGGGGGGUCCACUGCUGGGGCUCUUCUGUCUUGGGAUGUUUUUCCCCUGGGCAAACUCCAUAGGUGCAAUUGUAGGGCUGAUCGCUGGCCUGAUCAUGGCGUUCUGGAUUGGCAUCGGAAGUAUAGUUAUGCGCAUGUCUGCUGCACCCCCCCCUCCAGUGCUGAAUGCCACUGCUCUGCCUGACAUGGGAAACAUGACAACCAUUGCCAUGACAACUGUCAUAAAUUCCAUCACCACCAAACCCAGGCCCACGGGACUGCAGGCUCUGUAUUCAUUGUCAUACAUGUGGUACAGUGCCCAUAAUUCUACUACUGUUGUAGUAGUUGGUCUGAUAGUCAGUCUCCUCACAGGCCCACAGAAGGAGAAGGACCUGACCCCCGGCACAGUGUACCCUGUCCUGGGGAAACUGCUCUUCUUCCUGCCUGAACAGUACAAGGAGAAGCUGUGCUGUGUCACCCCCCUGGAGGACAAGUCCAAAGCUUUUGACGGACAACCGUACCAGAUGGCGCAGAAGGAGAGUAAUGGCAUUGCCUAUACCAAAGAAGAGGACAGUUCCGAGAAACCAACAGAAGAAAGCAAUGCCGCCCAACCAUCCCAUCGCCUGGGUCACGUGCUGCAGGAGACCACCUUAUGACCACCCCUGU